GCGUCCUUUUGUUAAAUCACACUGGUUAGUGCAGCUGGUGGUCCCGCAUCAUGUUCAGAGCAGCCGUCAGACUCUCGGUCUCCGGUGUACGGAGUCUUACUCGUACGCAGCCGAGGUGCCAAGCUGUUGUGGCGUCGAGGUGCUACUCACAGGGGAAGCAGGAGACAGAUGAGGAGUUUGAUGUCCGCUGGAUUGCAUACUUCAACAAGCCGGACAUUGAUGCAUGGGAGCUGAGAAAAGGGAUGAACUCAUUGAUCGGGUACGAUCUGGUACCUGAUCCAAUGAUCCUGGAAGCUGUCCUGAAAGCCUGUCGGAGACUGAACGACCAUGCCAGCGCUGUCCGAAUUCUGGAGGCUGUCAAGGACAAAGCUGGACCUCAUAAAGAUAUCUACCCAUACGUGAUCCAGGAGCUGCGGCCGACAUUAAACGAGCUCGGUAUUUCUACACCCGAAGAGCUCGGCAUUGAUAAAGUAUAAACAAGAAAAGGACAUAACUGGGAUGCAGCGCUCUUGUAUUUAAACUUUUGCCUCAAGUGCGUGAUAUUUAAUUUGGCCUUUAUUAUGUUCUUUUACAUGUAACAUAUGGAUGAAUAUAAUAAAAAUAACUGUCUUUGCGUGUCCAAACUAUAUUUGGAAUGUUUUCUUGACAUAUCAAGGACUUAUGAAAGCAAUGCUUAAGUUCUAGUUGCUGAAAUGAGGGCAACGUGUCCCAAAUGACACGUUGUGUUUAAUGCUGUGAUCAUUUCACCACCAGGGGGCAGCAGUGUCACAAAUGUCAAAUAUUUUUCAUUGUCUGUUAAAUCUGUUUUCAUUUCAGGGAUAAUUUGCUUGCAGGUGCAAUAAACUGAAUUUAAAUGACAUUUGGACUUAUGUUAUCAUGCAU